AUGAGUCCAUUCCGCCUCAUCUACGGGAAAGCUUGUCACCUUCCAGUGGAGGUGGAACACAAGGCAUACUGGGCGGUGAAGGAAGGCAACUUCGGAUUGGGGGGAGCCGGCAUUGAAAGGAAGCUGCAACUACAGGAAUUAGAGUGCCUUCGAUUGGAAGCGUAUGAGAACUCAAGGCUCUACAAGGAAAAGGUGAAGGCAGUGCAUAACAGGAAUAUCAAGAGGAGAGAGUUUAGAGCUGGGGAUCUGGUCCUCCUCUAUAACUCAAGGCUAAGACUCAUGCCAGAAAAGUUGAGAUCAAGGUGGGAAGGACUCUACAGGGUGGAAAAGGUUGAGCCUUAUGGAGUCUUCCACCUGAGCCAUCCUUCAAGCCCCAACUUCUUCAAGGUCAAUGGCCACCGGUUGAAGCUAUAUUAUAGUGAGAAGAUGAAGAGCAACAAGGAGCUGGAGAUCUUCCUAUUGAAGGAUCCGGCACAAGCAGAGAACUAA